GUGGCCUCGUGAGGGCGGCGCUACCAGCGAGACGCGCGGGGCGGACGGAGCGUCCCCCUCCCCCCCCCCGCCACCAUCGAGGAGCCGGAGCGGCGGCGGCGGCGGCCGGAGGGGCCGGGGAGGGCGGCGAUGACGUCAGCGUCCACUAAAGUGGGUGAGAUCUUCUCAGCCGCCGGCGCCGCCUUUUCCCGCCUGGGGGAGCUGACGAUGCAGCUGCACCCGGGCACGGAGAGCAGCCCCGCGGGAUCUCGCUGGACGGAGCCGGAGCUGUCGCUGCUCCGCGGGGCCGUGUCGCGAUUUGGGGAGGACCUGAACCGCCUCAGCGCCCUCAUCAAGGACCGCACGGUGGCGCAGCUGAAGGCGGCGGCCAAGCGCAAAGCCUACGAGGACAGCGGGGUGCCCCUCCCCCCCCCCGGCGCCGACUCCCCCAAAAAAGGGCCCCGAAAAAACCCCCCCGGGUCUGGGGGGGCCCCCCACGACCCCCCCGGGCCCCCUGGGAAGAAGCUGAAGGUGGCAGAUCCUCCCUCGAGUGACUCCGACCCCCCCGGGGAUCUCGUGGACGUGGAAGGAUUUGGGGACCCCCCCCCCAAAAAAACUCAACUUCGACCAGGCAGCCUGAAGCCAGAACCACCCCCGGACCCCUCCCCAAAUUUUUUGGGGACCCCAAAACUUCUUGGAGGUGGAGGGAGGGGGUCCCCAAAACCCCCUGGACCCCCCCAAAUUUCUGUUGGAACCCCUAAAGCUGAGGGACCUCCCACCCCAAUUUUUGGGGUCCCACCCCCCAAAAUGGGGGAACCCCCCCUCCCCUUUGUCACCCCCAUUAAAAUUUUGGGGUGUCCCCCCUUUGUUUGGCUUUGA